CCUAGAAUUUGCUCCAAUUUUUUGCAGUGUUGAUCAAUUAUAAUCAUUAUAAUCAAAAUAUUUUCAAUAAAAAAAAAAUGUCUACAUGUCCGAUUUUAUUAUAGUAAUUUUGAGGAAUUAUUCGGGACCAAAAAUUGUCGCAGAAAUAGUAGAAAACUAGUGAAAUAUCUAUUUGGAAUUGUGACGCUUAGUGACACUUAUUUCUAUUAAUCAAGACUUUAAUUAAUUUUUUUAUCCAAUUUUGUGUAGGGUGCUUGUAAGGAAAUUUAAUUAAUUGAGCAGUAAAACAUGUCUAUAAGACGUCGAACGGAUCCUGCGACAGUCCAGCGAAUAUGGGACUCUAUAAAAAUUACGCUUCACCAAAGAAAUUUACCGACUUACGAUCGUAUUAUGCGACACUUGGCCCGUGUUUAUGCAACCUCCGAAGAAAUUGCCAAGGAAGAUUUGAACAAUGCGAUGGAAGAUGGACUGAUAUCAUUGAAAUCGGAUCCUGUUAAAGGUGGAAUUGAACAGGAGACCCUCAGAUUUCCCACGGAACCACCCAAUGACGAUGGACACGACUGGUACUGUUUUCAUUGUCACAAAGCCGGAAAAGUCGAAUGUUGCCAACAGUGUCACAGAGUCUAUCAUCUAGACUGUCAUGAACUUAAAAAUCCUGAGAAACAACUAUGCAUUUUCUGCGAGGAAAUAGAUAGCGAAAUAUACACGGGCAAAACGGACGUGAAUACAAUUCUGAGCUAUAUGUGUGGCCACUUAAAAGCAAAAUUACCUGCCGAGAUUACAAAUCGACAGAUAGUCGAUGACAAAGUUCCACCUGUUGCGCCUCCUGGUGGUUUUGCUGGACCAACGUGGAUCAGCGAAGGAGACGAUGCCUGGAGGCCGGGAAUAUUGAUAAAAAAUCACAUGGAUCUCGCGAUGAUGGACUCGAAAACCCAGCAGAAGGUGUACAAAACACUUACAGAAUUUCAGGCUGAGGCUCACAAUAUUCUCCACAAUAUCAUCAUCUAUCAUGGAGAAGAGAGUAUCGUGGGGGAAAUGGGAGUCAGAAUGUACGAGGAUUGCUGUUACGAUCUUCAAGAAAUUCGUCGUUGCACCGACUGCUAUCGGCUCUCCAACGAGAAGGCAGAAAAACUCUGGUUCUGCAAACCCUGCGAUCCACCUCAUAAAUUAGUUUACGCCAAACAAAAAGGCUAUCCUUAUUGGCCAGCGAAAGUUAUGCAAGUCACGAAUGAUGUCUAUGAUGUUCGAUUUUUUGGAGGGCAACAUUUGCGGGCCAAUAUCACAAAAGAUUUCAUUCGUGGUAUCAACGUGAAUUUAAAAAGUCUACAGAUAAAAAAAUCUGUAGCGUGGACCAAAGCUUACGAUGAAUUGAAGCAUCAUCAGGCCCUUCUUCAGAAAAUGGGGAAACACAAAUUGGUGAAUUCCCAGGAUGUCGAUGAAAAUCAGGGUCAUAAAGUUGCAAAGAUUCGAAAGAUUGACAAAUCAAGUACCAAAGAUUCAAAGAAUACUCCACUACAAAAGCGGCUCUUGAAAGACUUGAGAGUGAAGGUGGAAAGGCUGAGUUCUGACGGAAAUUCAGAUCAUUCAGAGAGGGGAGAAAAUGACGAAAAAGAGGGACAGGGAAGUACGUCGAAGAAGAGGCCAAAAAGUGUGGAUGUGCCGAAUUUACCUGUUGCUGAGGAUGAACCCGCGAGGGAAAUUUCCAGCUCUUGUCCUCAGGGAUUGAAAAAGGAAGGUUCACAGGAGGAUAUGGUGACGUCUAGUAGUCAGGAACCUAGGACCAAAUGUGUCCUUAUACAGACAGAACAGGUUCAAGCAGAAGUUGUACCUGCGAAGUUAAAAAGAGAACGCAGGACUUCUGAUCAGCCAGUGACUAGUGUCGUGGACAAAUUGCGCGAAGAUCUUCGACAGGAACUGGAGCGCGAGAAAUGUCGAGACAUCGAAAAUCUCCAGGCGGAACAUGCAAGUCAGCUGCAGCAACUGAAGGAGCGACAUCAGCAGCUUGUUUCCGAGAUCAAGAAGAAGCAAUGGUGCUACAAUUGCGAGGCAGAGGCGAUUUAUCAUUGCUGCUGGAAUACGGCUUAUUGUAGCACCGAUUGCCAGCAACGUCAUUGGCAGCGCGAGCACAAGAGAGUUUGUCGUCGGAAGCGAUAACGAUCAACCUUGUCGAACAGAUCCCUGAAAGCACAAAUAUUUCUUCUCGACAUGACGGAACUCCUUUCCAAACCCUUCUUUUGAAAGGUUUCAGAUUUACAACACCAGUUGACCAAUUGCUUAUUAUUACCCGAGGAUAAUUUCCUCUUCCAAAAUAAGCACUCGUUUAGUCUGUAAGUGAAAGAUGAGAACGUUGAUCUCCAUACUUGGGGAAUGAAAUUUUCUCUUUGAAAUGUUUAUCGACAUUUAAAAUGUACAUAUACAUGAAUUUUGAAAAUUCUGGUUUUAAGGACGUUUGAUGAACGUUUUAAAGUUGUACUAAUCGACUAGUUGGCAAAAAAAAAA